CUCACUUUAUCACUACUCACUAUAGAGCCCUGGUCAAGUUCUCUCCACCUCUCUAUCUAUGUCUCAGUUUCUUCAUCUGUAACAUCAAAUGAAUAAUAGUACCAACCUCCUAGGCUUCUUACGAGGAUUAACAAAGACAAAAUAUGGGAAAAACGUAACAUGGUGUCCCAUAAUUAUGAGAUCUUAUUAUUGACACUACAGUGGUAUUAAAAUUACCAAAAGGAAGACAGCAUCUUUUUCCUCUUUGGUCCUGAGCUGGUUAAAGGGAACACUGGUUGCCUGAACAGUCACACUUGCAACCAUGAUGCCUAAACAUUGCUUUCUAGGCUUCCUCAUCAGUUUCUUCCUUACUGGUGUAGCAGGAACUCAGCCAGCACAUGAGUCUCUGAAGCCUCAGAGGGUACAAUUUCAGUCCCGAAAUUUUCACAACAUUUUGCAAUGGCAGCCUGGGAGGGCACUUACUGGCAACAGCAGUGUCUAUUUUGUGCAGUACAAAAUAUAUGGACAGAGACAAUGGAAAAAUAAGGAAGACUGUUGGGGUACUCAAGAACUCUUUUGUGACCUUACCAGUGAAACCUCAGACAUACAGGAGCCUUAUUACGGGAGGGUGAGGGCGGCCUCGGCUGGGAGCUACUCAGACUGGAGCAUGACGCCGCGGUUCACUCCCUGGUGGGAAACAAAAAUAGAUCCUCCAGUCAUGAACAUAACCCAAGUCAAUGGAUCUUUGUUGGUAAUUCUCCAUGCUCCAAAUUUACCACAAAGAUACCAAAAGGAAAAAAAUAUAUCUAUAGAAGAUUACUAUGAACUAGUAUACCGAGUUUUUAUAAUUAACAAUUCACUAGAAAAGGAGCAAAAGGUUUAUGAAGGGGCUCACAGAGUUGUUGAAAUUGAAGCUCUACCACCACAUUCCAGCUACUGUGUAGUGGCUGAAAUAUAUCAGCCCAUGUUAGACAGAAGAAGUCAGAGAAGUGAAGAGAGAUGUGUGGAAAUGCCAUGACUUGUGGAAUUUGGCACUCAGCCAUGUGGAAAUUCUGAAGCUCCCUGAGAAUGGGAUGACUCGUGUUUGAAGGAUCUUAUUUAAAGUUGUUUUUGUAUUUUCUUAAAGCAAUAUUCACUGUUAUACCUUGGGGACUUCUUUGUUUACCCAUUCUUUCAUCCUUUAUAUUUCAUUGGUAAACUAUAUUUGAACGACAUUCCCCCAAAAAAUUGAAAUGUAAAGACGAGGCAGAGAAUAAAGGGUUCUAUGAAAUUUGGAACUUUAUCUCUGAAUGUAACAUCCCUAAUAACAACCUUCAUUCUAAGACAGCAAAAUAAAAAUUUAACAACCAAUGAAUAGUAUUUAAGAAAAUGUUGAAAUAAGUUUUUUAAAAUAGCGUUACAGACUGAAGCAGUCCUGAAGCAAUAGGUUUUCACUCUCUUAUUGAGCCAAUUAAAUUGACAUUGCUAUGACAAUUUAAAAUUUCUAUAUGGAUGAAUAUUUUUCAUGCAUUUCUAUUUUAUAUGAAUAUAUUUUUAUGUAUUUAUUAUUAUUAAAUAUUUCUACUUAAUGAAUCGAAAUUUUGUUUUAAAUUCUACUUUAGGUAAAUAAGAACAGGUGUUGGGGGAAAAAACUUAUGAUUUCUAGAUUGAUAUCUGAUUUAAAACUAUCAACAACAAGGAAGUCUACUCUAUACAACUGUCCCUCAUUUAAAAGAUGUAUUAAGGUUUUCUUUUCUAUGUUUGUUUUUGUUUUGUUUAGUUUUUAAUCCUGUCUUAGAAUAAUUUAUCUUUAUCCUCAAAAUUAAAUGUAAUUGUUUUAGUGACAAAGAAGAAAAGAGACCUUAUUACUCAACCUUUCUGGCCAAGUAUGUCUUGCUUGUAGCACCUUCCUCAUCUCUAUACAGGAGGAUCCCAUGAAUGAUGGUUUAUUGGGAACUGCUGCAGUCCAUGCAGAGAACUCAGCUUGAAGCUGGAAGCACACAGUGGGUAGUAGGAGAAGGACUGGUGUUGGUGGGUGCCUACAGAGAUUAUAGAGCUAAACAAAGCCCUCCAAACUGGCACCUCCUGCCCACUGCCUCUCCUGAGUAGAAAUCUGGUGACCUAAGGCUCAGUGUGGUCAACAGAAAGUUGCCUUCUUCACUUCAGGCUAAGUCUUUAUUAUGUUUAAGGUUGUCUUUCUAGUGAGGAGAUACGUAUCAAAGAACAUUUGUACAAUUCCCCAUGAAAAUUGCUCCAAAGUAUGAUUAACAAUAUAGUCAGUGCUUCUGGUUAUAUACAAGUAAUCAGUGAUAAAUGGAUUUAAAAAUAUUCAGAAAUGUAUUGGGGGCUGGAGGAGAAUAAGAGGCAGAGCAAGAGCUAGAGAAUUGGUUUCCUUGCUUCCCUGUAUGCUCAGAAAACAUUGAUUUGAGCAUAGAUGCAGAGACUGAAAAAAAAAUUUACUUUGAUCUCUGUUUUUGAAUUAUUAUUUAUAUCUUGCUUACUAACUUUUUUGCAUUUUGUCCUUUUGUGGGGAGGGCAAUGAAUUAAGAGUAAUGGGGUGGGUGGGGAGUAAGUAAAAUUUCAAACAGCAUUUUAGUGAAUGCAAUUCAGUAGUCCUGAAGCCUGAUUUAAUAAAACAAAAUUCAUUUAUGGUUGUUUCAUGAAAGUUAUUAGAUAGCAUCAAAUUUUGUUUGUAUGUUGUUUGCCUUGCUCUGGUUUUGCUUUUGUGCUUAGGCAAGUGCAAAAUACUCUGUGAAAAUCAUAAUUGUCAUCUUCUUCAUUGUGUUAGGGAUAUAUUGUCACACGAUUUCAAUAAAUCCUUUAAUUUUUUGCUUU